AUGGUGCAUCACCAUUCAUUUGUUCGGCCCCACUCGCACUGUAUUUACAGUUUUUGUAGAUUCAAUUCUAAUUUUUUUGCAGGAUCUGCAAUAUUGUUCCCAGACGAUCUAAACUUCGUUUUGGACGAGGCACCAGCAUGUGCUACAGAUUCAACAUAUUGCGAAGAAUAUGAAGACUACCCGGAACAACAUUUAAAAAAUCUUUUGAACUGGCAUCAGAUGAACAAGAAUCUCUUCAGAAUUGAUGUAGCACCAUUAUUAGAUACCAGAGACGAUGAUGAAGAGUUUGUUUGCAAAUCUAGAGUUACAACAAUAUUUCCAAAAAUAGCUAAAAAUACAAGGAACGCAUGGAAAAUUAUUAUAAAUCAAGGAGACAACGAAGAAUAUAAACAGGGUGUGGUGGUGGAAAGGUGCUUAACGGCAGGUAGAAAAUGUGAUGUUAUUGGUGAAAAGUCGCAAUACUUCAUCACAGCUUGUAAACAGAAAUACAUCUAUAGACGUCUCCUUUCUUUAAACGAUGUCGGUUUACCUGAGUUAGAUAGUUUCAAGCUUCCUUCAGCAUGCUGUUGUUCAUAUAGAAGGAAAUUUGAUUUUCGUUUCCAAUGGAGAACUUAAAAGCAUCUGAUGUCCGUCCAGUAUUUUGGCAAUUCUAAAUCAACAAGGAUCCGCAAUAUUGUUCCCGGAAGAUCUCAACUUCGUAUUGGAUGAAGCACCAGCAUAUGCUACAGAUUCAAAAUUUUGCGAAUAAUAUGAAAAUAGCCCGGAACAACAUCUACGGAAUAUUUUGAACUCGCAUCAGAUGAACAAACAAAUUUCUUCGGAAUAUGAUGUAGUACCAUUAUUAGGUAAAAUUGCAUACCUUAGGUGAAUACGAUUCCUUCUUCUAUUAAGGAUAUACUUUUACAAGAGGCUACUCAUACUGCGAAGCACAAUCAACUGAAGCUGAGGAAUAUAUCUUAGAAGAGGAAUAUAUUAUAGAAAGGUCAGAUGAUGAUGAAAAUAGAAGAAGUGAAGUGUAGAAUGAUGAUGAAGAGAAUUAAUGUAAAAACUAAUGUAGAUUACAUUAAAACUAAUAAAAUGUAUUGUAUUUAUUUUUUUUUCAUACAUGUCACUCGUACUAUAUGCA